UCUCAGCAUCUUUGCCACACAUGAAUUUGAUGCUGUUUGGGAGGAAAGAAAUCCAAAGGACAUCCAUCGGCAACAUCAUACUAUCACAGUCUUACCCAAAGCUGAAUUUCAGUUCAAACUUUUUGAGGAGGCAAGCUGAAGUAUGUGGAUAUGCAGUCUCUCUGGUUGAAGUGCCAAGUCUUGCCACAACGCCUCUCUCACUAAACGUGCUGUUAAAGAAAUGCCACCAUUCCAUCUCUCAGUGUGCACCUGGGAUCAAUGCUUUCCUACUCGCUCUGCCUGGGGGUCACUUUACUGAUGAAGACAAAGAGGAGUUACAGAUUAUUCAAUCCAUUUUUGGUCCCGAUGUGAAAGACUACAUUAUGAUACUCUACACAAAUGUGUCAUGUCCUAAAGUACAGGAUAGUCUGCAAGAGAAAAAACAUCUAGAGCACCAAUUUCAUAAAGGUUGCUUUGUGCUUAGCCAGGAGGGUGGGCGUGAGGAGAUAUCUGAAAUGCUCAAGAAGAUUAAGGGCAAAUCAGACAAAUGUUUCACCACUGAUAUGUUUGUGGAGGCUCAAAUAGAGGAGAGAGACACGGAAAAAAAGAAAAAUGAACAGUUGAUGAAGCAGCUCAACAGCUCAGCAGUCCAGAAUCCAGACAGCACCCAAGAUUGUGUCAGGAUCGUGCUGAUUGGAAAAACAGGAGUUGGGAAGAGUGCAACAGCAAACACCAUUCUGGGGAAAGAUGCGUUUAAAUGUGGACAUUGGAGCACAUCAGAGACGACCUGUUGUCAGAAAGACACAGCACAAGUAAAUGGCCGAUCUGUUGCUGUUGUGGACACACCAGGGCUGUUUGAUACAGAAGUCUCAAAUGAAGAUGUCAAGAAAGAAAUUCUGAAGUGUUUCAGCUUGCUGGCCCCUGGACCCCAUGUGUUCUUGCUGUUUCUUUCAAUUGGUACCAGGAUGACACAGGAGGAAAAGGAGACGUUGAAUCUCAUCAAAGAUACCUUUGGGACCGGGGCAGAAAAGUUUACCAUUACCCUUUUCACAAAAGGGGAUAAUCUAAAAUCUUCAAUUGCGCAGUACAUUGAAAAAGGUGAUCGUUCAAUUAAACUACUAAUAUCUGAAUGUGAAGGACGGUAUCACGUGUUCAAUAACGAAGAAAAAGGGAAUUGCAAACAGGUGACUGAGCUGAUGGAAAAAAUUGACAGGAUGGUUGAGAAUAACGGUGGGGGUUGUUACACCAACGAGAUGUUCCAAAUGGCAGAAACUGCAAUUAAAGAGAAGUUUGAAAAAAUUAUGAUAGAGAGGGAGUUGGAAAUUAAGAGGGAGAAGGAACAGCUUCAAGCCAAAUUUGAUGAGGAAAUAAGAGCAAUGAAGGACGAAAAGACAAGGGAAGUACAGAGGGAAAGAGAAGAGAGAGAGAAGCUGCUGAGAGAAAAAGAGGAGUAUAUCAUCACGGAACGUCAAAGAAGAAAUGAGAGAGAGAGGAAGGAAAGGGAAGAGAGAGAAGCAGAUGAUAAAAAGAGGAGAGAUGAAGAAGAGAUCCAAAGACGGUUAUGGACUAGAACCUUAGAGGAAGUUGAGCAAAAGCACAAGGAACAGAAAGAAGUGUGGGAGAUGGAGCACAAAAAACAACUGGAAAAAGAGAAAGAGAGGGCAGCAAAAGAACACGAGGAAUGGCUUGAAAGGCAAAGAAAAGAGAGAUCUGAAUUUGAGAGAAGACAAGAAGCAGAAAGAAAGAGAAGGGAUGAAGAAGAGAGGUCUAGGAAGGAGAACGAGGAACUGGAGAGACAGAAGUUAGAGGCUAGAGUGAAGGACGCUGAAAAGCUGACUGAGGAGAUUCGCAAGGAGAGAAUGAAACAGUUGAGGGAGUGGGAAGAUGAACGAAUGAAAGAAAAACAAAAUGAGCGAAAGGAGAGAGAGGAGUGGGAAAAGUUGCAACAGAAAAUGAAAGAAGACUUUGUAAACGAAAAGGAAAGAGAAAGAAAAGAGAGGGACUCUAAAGAAGAAGCGCAAAGAGAACAAGAAAGGAAAGAAAGGGAGAGAAUUGAGAACAAACAUGCAGAAAAGAUAGAAGACAUGAAGCAUGCUUGGGAAAAGCAAGAAAAGGAAUGGACUAAAGCAAGAAAAGAAGAAACAGAAAGAAGGCAGAAAGAGGAUGAGGAGAGUCGGAGGAAGAUCAGAGAGCUUCAGGAAGAAUUUGAAAGAGAAAAGGAAGAGGAAAAGAAAAGGAGAAAGAAAGAGGAUGAAGACAGAGAGGAAGAGCACAAGAGAAAGUUAAAGGAAAUGGAAGAACAGAAUCAAAAGGAAAUUGAGAUGUUGAUCAAGAAAUAUGAGGACGAGGCCCGAAAGAAAGCAGAGGAAAAGAAUGGAUUCUUAGAAAAAUUCAAAGCACCAAUUGAAGCUUUACAGAAGUGUGUUCUGCUUUAAAUGUUUUACGGUGCAAACCCAUGACACCGUAACAAGCAACACGAUAUUCUAAAUCCCAUGCAUUUCAACGGGAGUCAAUCCAUUGUGACGUAGACCACUGUUUUGGGCGACGCGACUGAAAACAUUUGGAAAAAGUUGAAUCCUAUGCAAAUGAGGAGCGAUUUUCUCCGGCAGCAGCCAAUCAGAUUGUUUGUCUCUGGUGUUGUCUCUGGCGGUUUGAAAAUUGCAGGACUGUGGCGUCCUUUGGUUGUUUAAUUUGCUAAAAAGAAAGGCUUGGAUGGCCUUGUAAGGGCUUGUUGUUGUUCCUAAUAUGUUAUAUAUUUAAU